AUGCAACAUGUUUUUAUUAAUGGUGAAGUUGCUCAGAAGAUCUGGAGACAUUUUGGAAUUCCACUGGGUAUUAAUACACAGCAGAGUACUUUCAGUCCUAAAUCUAUCAUAGUUUGUUGGAAACUACCUACUGGAGGAAACUACCAACUGAACAUAGAUGGCAGUUUUAAAUCAGCUAAUGUCAACGUAGGGAUAGGAGGUAUACUGAGAAAUGAAGAGGGUAACAUGGUUCUUGGUUUUUCAGUACCCAUUCAAUGUGCAAGUAACAUAGAAGCUGAGGCAAUGGCUGCAAAGUAUGGGAUAAAUCUCUGUAUUCAGAAAAACUACUCUCGUUUCAUGCUAGAAGUAGACUCAACUGUCCUGGUUCAGAUGAUCAAUGACAACAAGAGCCUAAACUACUACCUGAACUGGAUCAUGGAGGAUAUUAAAGAAAAGAAGAUACAAGCAAAUAUCAAAGUGGAGCACUGUUUUAGAGAGGCAAAUAGAGUAGCAGACUAUUUAGCCAAGAAUGCUGCAGGCAGCCAGAAUUUUACCUUAUAUGACUCCUAUCAGCAACUUCCUGUAGGGGCUAAAGGUCUAUUCCAGCUGGACAAGAGCCAAAUGCCUUCAAUAAGGAUCAAAUAUGAUAAGGCAAGUUUUUUUGUAAGCUAA